AUGCAACGAGAUCAUAAUUUAUCCAUAGAUACAACUGCCGCAUCCUAUGGUCAAGAUAGUCAAUCGUCUCCAUUGACCGAUGAUGAAGACAUUAAUUUCAAUUUGGUUUAUGCAUCACGCACUUUUAGAGAAACCGUUGAAGGUCGAGUUAAAGUUGAAAAAAAUGAUUCACUAAUUUUGUUAGAUGAUUCGAAUGAUUACUGGUGGCUUGUUAAACUAUUGAAGAAUGAAGAUGUUGGUUAUAUGCCUGCCGAAGACAUUGAGAUGCCAUUUGAAAAAUUAGCAAGAAUAAACAAACACAAAAAUGUCAACUUAACAAUACCAAUAAACAAUAUCGAAGACGAUAAUUUAUCUAUGAACCAAAAAAAGAGUAAAACCAGCAAAACCGUUUAUUUUACGUCCCCUGAGUGCUUUACUUGCGAGGAAGAAUCUGAGGACGAAGAUGAGCAAGAGAUUGAAGAACAAAAAACAGAAACAACGAACCAAGAAAACGUUGAAGUUCAGAUAAUAGAUGAACCUGAAGAAAUGGAUGUACAAGACACUGCAAGUGCUACACCAACGUCUCAGGAAGUUGAAAUAGUACCCGAGCAAACGUCAACAUCGGCACGUGCUGAUGAAAACGUUCAACAAAAUAUUGAGGCUAUAUCGAAAGUUGCUGUCAGUUCACCAAUAACGAUAAGCCAGGUUGAUCAUCAACAGAAUGAUGAACCUGAGAGUAACAACAGGAGUAACAAGAUAAAAACGAGAAAACAAACAGGAAUAUUUGAUUAUGACGUAAUGAAGAUGGAUUCGUCUAGUUUUGUUUCAAAAACUUCAGAUAUCUCAAAUCAACCUCCAGAAACACUUAUGCCAGACUUAGGUAGUGAUUUCAUGGAUUUUUCAGAUGAUGACGAUGAACCUCGUAUCAUAAAUAGAUUUUUUGGAAGAGGAGAUGGUGCUAGUUCUGUGAAAUAUAAUUCAACAAUAGAUGAUAAGAAAAAAGGUGAUAUGCCAUUGAAUAUUAAUAAAUCGUUGUUAAAUGACCAAUUACAAAUGGGAUCGUCAAAAGAACUAUCAACAAGUCCAAAACAUAGACAACGUAGAAGGCCAUCUAUUACUCAAACACCAUCAGAUUCUACAUACAGCGUUCUUCGUAUUUAUCCCGGCCAAAAUCUACCAACAAACUUUAAAUAUAAAAUUAGUUUACUAAGUCAAAAAACGACUAGUAUAGCACUUAUUAAACAAGCAAUUCAUCGGUUUAAAUUAGAUGAUGAAAAUUGGGAUAGUUAUUAUAUUUCUAUGAAAGAAAUAAAUAGAGAAGAAAGACAUUUAAUGCCACAUGAUCAUCCACUUGAAAUUUUUAAUUCAAUAGUUUCAUAUCAUUCAACACCAUUACCACCAUCUAUUAAAAGGACUUCAACAUUAUCAAUUUCAUCAAAUAUUUCUAACAUAUCAACUAAUGAAGCAAUAAAUAAACUACAAAUACAUGAUAAUCAAAAUAUUGUUUGUUUAUAUUUGAACAAAAAAUCAAGACCUAGAGAACAGAAGUUACGUAUUCGUAUUCUUGCUUAUUCAGAUGAUUUGCCUGUUAAUUAUCAAAUAAAGAAAAGUUCAGCAACAGAAGAAAAACAGCCUAUAGAAAAAAAACUAGUUGUAACAAAAAAUACAACGGCUGGCCAAAUUAUAGAAAGUGCAAUGGAUAAAUUUGGUAUUACCGAUGGUAUCGUUGAUGAUGAGCAAACAGUUGAUGAUAAAAGACCACGAUAUCGACUUGCUAUGUUAGUUGAAGGUGAAGAAAAACCUAUUAAUUCAAAAGCAGACAUAGCUUCAGCUUACCCAACAGAAAAUCUUCGUCUAGUUUCUGUGUGUUCAGUAGGUUUAACACCAUUGGAAUCAGAUAAUAGUCCCUAUGAGCUUACAUUUGUUUUAAGACUUUCAAAACCUAAAAAAGUAGUUCGAUAUUUGGGACAUAAAGAGUAUGAAAAAACAAUAUUAUCAGAUGGCUUUGGAUUACAAGAUCUUUUAGGGCGUGUUAGAUCAGAAUUUAGCGUUACGGAAACGAAAAAUGUAAGUAGCGGAUGGCAUUUUCAGGAUCCUGAAAAAAUUCUUGAACAAGUUAAACCUACAGAAAUUAGAAAAGAUGUCUGGUCUAUAUUCGAAAAUGUGAAUAAUGAACUUGAUAGAUUAGAAUCGGAACUUAAUAAAAUAUUAAUUGACGUUAUAAGAGUUUUUUAA